UGUACCUUCCCGUUCAGGUUGCUGGUGUGUUUUGACCAGAUAAAUAGAUUCUGCAAGCAUCGUUCAGGGAGUUAACAUUGGAUUACUGCUUAUUUACUUUUCAUAGGAGCACCAUGGUCAGGGCCGCUAUGACUUGAGGAGGGCCGGCCCUGGAAGCCUGAGGCGCCGACAUCCUAAAUUUCCACUGAUUUUCUUUCUUUCUAUGAAAACUGUUGAUCUGGUUCUCAGGAUCUGGAGCGGUUCUGUCCGGUUUGAUCCAGAAAUGAUCCAAACUAUGUUCUGACAGUUGAGAGAGGGAAUAAUGGUGACCAGAUUUUAUUCACUUUGAUCUGUUAUUGAGAGUGAAUUAAUUUAAAAAACUUUUAUAUAGAAUCUGAAUGAAUAAAACAUAAUAAUGUGGGACGGUCCAUAACCUGUGGACUUUGGAUGCUAUAAAAGCUCCGCCUCUGGAUUCACCUGGAGCAGCAGGUAGACCUCCUGGACCAUGUCUCAGCAUUUCCACCUGAACACUCCUCUGCUGGAGAGCGUCAGCAUGUCGAAGCGGGUGGGGACCACCGUCUAUUUGAAGAUGGAGAACUGCCAGCCCUCUGGAUCCUUCAAGAUCAGGGGGAUAGGACACCUGUGCCAGCAGCUUGCAGGACAGAGCAGAGGAAUCGUUUGUUCUUCAGGAGGGAAUGCUGGUAUGGCUGCAGCCUAUGUGGCCAGAAGAAUGGGGCUUCCAGCCACUGUGGUGGUUCCCUCCUCCACCCCUCAGCUGGUGGUCCAGAGGCUCCAGGACCAAGGAGCUGCUGUCAGGAUUGUAGGGAAGGUCUGGGACGACGCUAAUGCAGAAGCUCUGAGACUGGCAGAGACAGAAGGCCUGACCUUGGUUCCUCCGUUUGAUCACCCUCUGCUGUGGCAGGGCCACGCCUCCUUGGUGGCCGAGGCUGCAGCCGCUCUGGGCCCCGACAGGAAGCCCGGCGCCAUCCUGCUCUCCGUGGGAGGGGGGGGACUCCUCUGUGGCGUCGUCCACGGUCUGAGGGACGUUGGCUGGAUGGAUGUGCCCAUCAUCGCCAUGGAAACAGUGGGAGCCGACUGUUUCAACACUGCAAUAAAGGCGGGGAAGGUGGUGACGUUGGAGGACAUCACCAGUGAAGCCAAGUGUCUGGGAGCGAAGACGGUCUGCCAGGCGGCCUUCGACUUCAGCCAGAGCGGCGAGCUGAACAUCAUCUCAGACCUGGUGAGCGACCAGGAGGCGCUGAAGGCCGUCUGCACCUUCCUGGAUGAGGAGCGCGUUCUGGUGGAGAUGGCAUGUGGAGCAGCGUUGGCGGCCGUCUACAGUGGACUGAUAGCCAGACUGCAGAACCAAGGUGGUCUGCCGACUCCCCUGGGCCCCCUGCUGGUGGUGGUGUGCGGCGGCAGCGGCAUCAACAUGGAGCAGCUGGACAGCCUGAGGCAGAAGCUGCUGAGCUGAACCAGUGGAUACUGGGACCAGUUCAAAGCUGGAAACUAGAAGCUCUGAAUGACGGUGUGAUUUACUUUAGCUGGGAGUUUAAUGGAGGCCGUGGAGACGCUUGAUGAUGAUGAUGUUGAUGAUGAUGAUGUUGAUGAUGAUGAUGAUGAUGAUGAUGAUGAUGAUGAUGAUGAUGAUGAGAUGGACCUGGCCAAACCUGAAAUCUCUGCCUUGGAUCAGAACCUUCUUCCUGCUUCAUGUGAUUAAGACCUGAAUUAAAGCAAAGUAGAAAUAAAGAAUGAGAAGAGUCUGGGCUGGAUGAGCUUCGCUGGUGAACUUUGACCCCUCAGGAUCAGAUGCUUCUGUAGCUGCACCGAGCAUCGUCAUCAUCAGCACAUGGACUCUGUAGAAGAUGAAGAUAGUUGAGAAUCUGAGCUCAAUUUCUCCUUCUGUGGAUGUUUGAGUGUAUCGCCAUGGAAACAGUGUAGAAAAUUGUGCUUAAGGGGCCGAAUGUGUUUCUGUUGGGGCUGAUAAACAUGGAGGCUCAGAGCGAAGCUUAGAGCCGCAG